CGAUCGUGUCAAACUUGGAAGAUCGGUCGAGGAGGAUGGAAAUUGUAGGAUGGAAAUCGCAUUCGGAAGGAAAAUGAGCCGAUUUCUUAUCGAAGAUGCGAUCUUGUUGGUGUAAUGUGUAACAGCAUCGAGCGUAUAACGAUCGAAACAGAGUUUGUGCCCCCUUCCACCUGGACGAAGCCACGAUUCCUUCUUGCGUAUAAGCGCAGACACGCAUACGUACGCACAUACAAGGGGUACCGACUUACGUAGACGUUGAACACACACACUUGGAAGCCAAUUGGAGAGCCAAGACUUGGCCAAGUCUUUAUAAGUAGGAGCCAUCCGCGUCCUCAGGACUUACUCCCUCUCGAGAACGUGCCACGAUCGGCAACCGAUUUCCAGAAUAGUUCCUGAAAACAGACAUCUCGUCUCGCGCGUCAUUCUUCGAGCAUCUCGCGGCUCACGAAGGAUCGUGGUGCAACGAACGUGGAUGUUUGGAAAUUGGGGAAAAAAACGAAAAGACAGCCGCGAGAUGAGGAAUUGUACGAAUUAACGGAGGACUUUCGGACAGAGAUCGUUUUUGAUUCUACGCAAGAUACGCUGAAGAAAAAUCAUGUGGACAAGCUUAGUAAAAUUAAGCGUCAUAACGAUAUUAAUUUCGUCGACAUUUGCCGAACCUGAUCAAAAUAUCAUCGACUUCUCUAAACUUUUAAAUGGUUUCGCGUGUAUCGAAGUAGGAUAUCAUGAGGAUCCUCACGACUGUAGGAUAUUCUACAGAUGUGUCGAUUGGGGAUUCGGAAGACCUCUAAGGAAAUUUAAAUUUGAAUGCGCUAUUGGAACAGUAUUUUCGAAAUACAAGGGAAACAUAUGUACUUUUCCUAGCGACAGCGGUCGCCCUGAAUGUGGCGGACUAGAUACAGAUACCACAACAAAGAAAAUCGUCACAAGCACAAAUACAACUGUACAACUUACGACUACGACUCAAGUUACUUCGACUUCAACCGAAUUAUCAACUGGAAAACCUAGCAGUGAUCAGGGUCGAAAUCAAUGCGUCCAAGAAGGAUAUUUUCCCGACUUAAAUGAUUGCAAAAAAUUUUAUAGAUGUGUUGAUACAGGAUCCGGAAACUUCAUAAAAUAUGAAUUUGAAUGUGGUGUUGGCACAGUCUGGGAUCCAGAUAUAGAAGGUUGUAAUCAUCCUUGGGCAGUAUCACGGGAUGAUUGCAAAACAGGAUCAAACACGGGAAAUGAUAAUGCCGGACAAGCAAAUAAUACAUCUGACGCUAUAACUAAACCAGAAACAUCAACUACAUCAAUAUCAGAAAAUACAGAAAUGACAGGCGUAUCUGGAACUCCUGGUACAUCUGGCACGUCUGGAACUCCUGGCACAUCUCACACUCCUGGCAUACCUGACACUCCUGGUACGCCUGGAACUCCUGGCACAAUUGAAACUCCUGGCACGCCUGAAACUCCUGGCACGCCUGAAACUCCUGGCACGCCUGAACUCGGCACGUCUGGAACAUCAGGCACACCUGGAACACCAGGCAAACCUGGAACUCCUGGUCCUAAUAGUCCAGAAUCUCCAAUAACUGAAGUUACACAAUCUUCUGACACUCCAGUACCUCCAGCUACAGUGCGCACAGAAACUUCUGGUAGUUCGCAAUCUUCACUCAUUACUGAAACCUUAGUUAGUACAGAAUCUCCUGCUAAUACAGAACUUAUAACCAUUGAAACCACAGUCAGUACAGAAAUUUCCGUGACUUCAAAAACAUUAGGGAUUUCUACUCCGUAUCCCUUGUAUAGCAGCACAUCUGUUACCCAAAAUAUUUCUUCGACCUUUGCUUCUGUUAGUGAGUCUAUCAGUGUUUCGAAUUUUCCUAAUUCUUUUAAUUCAUCUGAAUCUGAUAUUCCUAGUCCACCUAAUAUAUCUGUUACUCCUGGUAAUCCUGGUACUUCUGGCACGCCUAAUAUUUCUUCAGGUACUCCUGGAAGCACAAACGUUCCUGGUACGUGUACUGAAGAAGGGUUUUUUCCUGAUCCUGAAGAUUGUCAUAAAUUUUAUCGUUGUAUCGGCAGUGGUUCAUCAUUUAGUAAAUACGAAUUUUUAUGCGGUCCUGGUACUGCUUGGGAUUCUACUCUUCAGAGUUGCAAUCAUGAUUAUCUCGUUUCAAAUUGUAAAGAAGAAUCUAGUUCAUCCAAUUCUUCAAUCACUUCUUAUCCAGAUUCAACUAUUUCUUUGAGCACUACCACAGAUCAAGAUUCAACUGACCACGAUGUUAUUAUUGCUACUACUCCAUCUAGUAUAUCGGAAGAAAUAUCUUCAUCAACUAUUUCAUCAGUUUCUGCUAGUACUCAGACAAUUAAACCUGGAUCGACUCCUUCUGAAACUAUUACAGAAUCAAUAUCCUAUUUACCUCCUGCAAAUAAUAUUACAUCUACUACUACUGCGGCGACCAUAACAGUCAGUACGUUUCCUGAAAUAGAAUGUACUCAAGAAGGAUUCUUUCCUGACCCUGAAGAUUGUCGUAAAUUCUACCGUUGUGUCGGUACUGGCUCUACAUUUAUCAAAUAUGAGUUCCAGUGUGGUAUUGGUACUGCUUGGGAUUCAGCUCUUCAAAGUUGUAAUCACGAUUAUCUCGUUACUAGUUGUAAUGGAUCUACGGUCACUACGGAAUCAAAUUCGUCUGAAAAUGAAAUUAAUAGCAAUCCUAAUCAACCAAGUACAUCACAAACAGAAAGUAGUAUAUCAUCGGAGAGCACAACAUCUUCUAUAUUAACUAGUGGUCCAUUAGUUUCGUCGACAUCAUCAUCUGAUGUUACAUCGAUAACUAACGUACAAACAGAUAUUUCAACAAUUAUUACAUCAACAGUAUCACCAUCGACUGUGUUUUCUACAGCUGAAUCAAAUAUUCCUAUCACUCAGUCUACUUUGCCAUCUUCCACAUCUGAAGCAGCGAGUUCUCAAUCUACAAUAUUAUCUUCUACUACGUCACUUCCAACAACUACUACUGAAACAAGUACUACCAGUUCUGAAUCAAUAUCUCCAAGUAUUACGGAAUCUGUUUCAUACUUGCCACCAGAGAGUAAUACAACGUCUAAUCCAAAAACAACUACUAUAUCAUCUCCCACAGUAUCUGAAAUAACCACUGCCAGUUCUGAAUCAAUAUCUCCAAGUAUUACAGAAUCUGUUUCAUAUUUGCCACCAGAGAGUAGUACAAUACCUAGCUCAGAAACAACUAUUGGAUCAUCUUCCACUGUAUCUGAAACAAAUACUAGUUCUCAAUCUACAGAAUCUUCUUCCACUAUAUUAUCUGAAACAAGUACAACUUCUGAAUCUCCAGGUAUUACAGUAUCCGUUUCAUAUUUGCCACCAGAGAGCAGUAUUACACCAACAUCAGAAACUACUAUAACCAGUUCAUCUUCUGGAAUAGCGCAAUGUCCAGAAGAAGGUUUCUUCCCAAAUCCGAACGAUUGUACGAAAUUUUAUCGUUGUAUACAUUCUCAAAAUGGAUUACAACGGUAUGAUUUUGAUUGUGCACCUGGUACAGCUUGGGAUCAGACUCUUCAAACUUGUAACUAUAUUGACCAGGUAACUUCUUGCUCAGACAAUAAUGAUCAUAGUCAAGGAUCUUCAAGCACUUCUGCAGUAUCUGAUUUAACAACACCUAGUAGUUCUACUAGUUCAAUUACUAAUAGUACGCUAACUUCUACAAGUACAACGAAAAUACAAUCAUCGAGUACUGAAAUCUCAACUUCUGUAUCCUCAACUUCUUCGAUAUCUUCUACAGAAUCAAGUAUUUCAGACUGUACUUCGAAAAAUCCUAAUAAUACGAUAGUUUGUAACAAACCAGGUUUUUAUCCGCAUCCAACACAGUGUAACAAAUUCUAUCGUUGCGUCGAUAAUGGGAAUGGUUUUAACAUAUAUUAUUUCGAUUGCGCACCUGGAACCAUAUUUGAUCCUAGCAUUAACGUAUGCAAUUAUCCUGAAUCAGUCUAUCCUCCAAGAGAUUGCAAAAUGCCUACGUCAAGUCCGUCUACUAGUACAGAACAAACAACAUUUUCUACUGAAUUUACAACACAGUCGAUGGGAACUGAAGAAAUUGAAUCUACAACAUCAUCGAUGCAAACAAGCACAACUACAGAAUCAAGUACGCAAUUUACUUCUGAAUCUACAACAGAAUUUGUAUCUGAAUCAACCUCUGAAUUGUCUACAAUUGAAUCAACAUCUGAAUCAUCUACGACUUCAGAAUCCACAACUGAAUCAAAUUCAGAAUCUACGUCUCAAGUAUCAACCGAAUCUACAUCUGAUAACACAGAGUCUACAUCUGAAGCAAUCACUGGAUCCACUUCUGAAACUACUACUGAAUCUAUCUCUGAAAUAACCACAGAAUCAACUAGUGAAUCCACGUCUCAAGCAACUACAGAAUCAACAUCUGAAACAACUAGUGAAUCCACAUCUCAAGCAACUACAGAAUCAACAUCUGAAACAACUAGUGAAUCUAUAUCUCAAGCAACUACAGAAUCUACGUCUCAAACAACUACCGAAUUGAUUUCAGAAGCAACCACAGAAUCAACUUCAGAAACUAUUACAUCUGAAGUAAGUACAGAUUCUAGUUCUACGAUAGAAUCAACCUCUGUAGGAACUACUGAAAGUAAUACAGAAUCUAGCUCGGAACAAAUUACUGAAUCCAUCGAAAUAUCGACUUCAACGACAGAAUCUCAAAAAUCCACUACGCAAAUAUCGAUUUCUACCACGGAACCUUCUAUUCAAACGCCUUGUCCAAUCGGAAACUUAACUGAUGAACAAAUAGUACUAAUCUGUCCAACAGGUUUCCGAAGACAUCCAAAAUAUUGCAAUCUAUUUUAUCAAUGUACUAUUGAAAGUAAUAUGGAAAUAAAUGUAAUUGUAUUAAGCUGUCCAGAAGGAAAAAUUUACGAUGAACAAAAAACGCAAUGUUUGUCUGAAAAUAAAGCCAGUAAACCUUGUACCGAUAGUAAAGCAACUGGUAGAUUUUAUAGAAGGUUGGAGAGGAGUGAAGUAUCUCCUAUAAAGGUGUCGAACGAAUCACUUUGUCCGGAAGAGGGUCAUUAUCCUUAUAAAUCAGGUUGCAGCAACAUAUUCUAUAAUUGCAAACGAGAUUCCAACGGCAAUCUUCAGGCUUACGUAUACAAAUGUCCACAAAACUACUUGUAUUGGUCGGUUUCGAGAAGAUGCGAACGUGCUUUACGAUUACCAAUGUGUGCAUUAUUUGCACUUGAAGAUAGCAUUGAGAAUUGGGAUAAGAAAUGGAAGAUUCCAGUAGAAGGAAUUAAUUUGUCUGCCAGAAAUUUAAAGUUUAUAGAUCAUUAAAAAAUAUUUUCUUUAUCUCGAUAGAAAGUUUUAAUAGUUCGAAAGGACAGUAAACUCUCAGGAUAAUUUCUGACAUUAUCUUGUUUUAUAAUUAUAUUUGAAGGAAAAAUAUUAGAAUAUAUAUCUAAAUAUCUGCACAACAUGGCUACGGAAGAUCUCUUAAAAAAAUAUUCAGAUCUUCAGCAGUCAUCUUGUGACAAUUAAUUAAUCUAUCGAUUUAUAUAUAGGAAUUAAUUCGUAAUAAUUAUUGAAAGAUAUAAUUAGAAUUUUCUUACGAUUUUUCAUUAUGAAAUCGUAAAAUCGUUGGAAAAUACAUUGCGAAAGUUGGGGUUUUUGGUUGAGGGACUUGUAUGCAAUAUUCGACUGUAUUCA